AUGUCGGAUGAAGAAUUAAUAGAAUUAGUGAAACGGUACUCAGUGUUAUAUGAUAUGAGUUCAGUUCAUUAUCGUGAUCAUAGUAUUCGAAAUAAUGCUUGGGAAGAAAUUGCAGAACAAUUGCAUACUACAGGUAAGUUUUCAACAAAAUUGGAGAUUUGCAAAGAUCGAUGGGGAAAAUUGAGAAAUUGUUUUAGCAAUGCCCUUAAGAGACGCUAUAAGAAGAGUGGUCAAGCCUCAACUAAAAUUGUACCAUGGAAAUACGAAGCACAGAUGGAAUUUUUAAGGUCUCAUCUUGAGGGCAGACCAACGAUCACAAACUUGUCUGAUGUAACUGACGAUUCAACACAAGAGUUGCAAUUCUCAGAUGAAACCGAAUCAUCUCGUUUUAAUGCAACUCCUGGUCCAAGCUCUUUUACUGUCAGGACACCGACACCAAGCUCUUCUUCUGUAAGGACUCCGACUCCAACCUCUUCAUCAAGUCGAAAUAAGAAAGGAAAUGAAGACAAUGUUGUGACAGAGAUGGUUAAUGUUAUUAAAUCUUCUCAAGAAGCGCGACAAAAGAGAAUGUCAAGAUGGAUGAAACAGAUUAUUUCUUCCAGUCCAUGA